AUGCCUCACUCAGUUACGCCAUCCAUCGAACAAGAUUCCUUAAAAAUUGCCAUUCUAGGUGCUGCUGGUGGUAUCGGACAGUCCUUAUCACUGCUUUUAAAGGCUCAGUUGCAAUAUCAGUUGAGGGAAAGUAACCGCACGGUUACCCACAUCCACCUGGCACUCUACGAUGUCAACCAAGAAGCUAUUAACGGUGUCACCGCCGACCUGUCUCACAUAGACACGCCUAUUUCUGUCUCAAGUCACUCCCCCGCUGGCGGUAUUGAAAAUUGUUUGAAUAAUGCUUCCAUUGUUGUUAUUCCUGCAGGCGUUCCAAGAAAGCCAGGUAUGACACGUGAUGAUUUAUUCAACGUGAAUGCUGGUAUCAUCAGCCAGCUAGGUGAUUCUAUUGCACAGUGCUGCGAUCUUUCCAAGGUGUUUGUCCUUGUGAUUUCGAACCCGGUUAACUCUUUAGUGCCUGUGAUGGUUUCUAAUAUUCUUAAGAAUCAUCCUCAAUCUAGGAAUUCUGGCAUCGAAAGAAGAAUCAUGGGCGUCACUAAGCUGGACAUAGUAAGAGCUUCCACUUUCCUGCGGGAAAUAAACAUUGAGUCGGGACUAACUCCUCGUGUUAAUUCCAUGCCCGACGUUCCUGUAAUCGGCGGGCAUUCCGGUGAGACUAUUAUUCCUUUAUUUUCUCAGUCAAAUUUUCUAUCAAGAUUAAAUGAGGAUCAAUUGAAAUACUUAAUACACAGAGUACAAUACGGUGGUGAUGAAGUCGUCAAGGCCAAGAAUGGCAAGGGUAGUGCUACAUUAUCGAUGGCUCACGCCGGUUACAAGUGCGUCGUUCAAUUCGUGUCUUUGUUAUUGGGCAACACCGACCAAAUUCACGGAACAUACUACAUACCAUUGAAAGACGCAAAUAACUUCCCUAUUGCUCCUGGUGCAGAUCAACUACUGCCUUUGGUUGGCGAUGCUGCCUACUUUGCCGUGCCCUUAACGAUUACUACAAAGGGUGUUUCUUAUGUGGACUAUGAUAUCGUUAAUAGAAUGAACGACAUGGAACGUAACGAAAUGUUGCCAGUUUGCGUUUCUCAGUUAAAGAAGAAUAUUGACAAGGGUUGGGAGUUCGUUGCAUCAAGAUCUGCCUCAACUUAA